UCCACAGUUCUCUCAAUAGAUAACAUAUUCCGCUCCGUUUUUCAAUACAUAGCCAUACUGCUAGAAUCCUGAUAUGAAAUACAUGUACGAAGCCCUACUGUUUUCCCUGCUCUCCUUGGGAAUCCUUGGGAUUUCAAUGGGAGAAAAUAAUCCCCGAAACGUGGUAUCUCGAGAGGAGUUUGACGAUCUGAAGAGACUAGUUCAAGUUUUAUAUGAAAAGGUUGAAGUCCAACAGAAAGAAAUAACUGCUUUAAAACGUGAUGUUAAGGAAAAGGAUGAAUUUAUUGCAAAGAUCUCAAAGGAACAACCGGCGAACAGAGAUAAAAGGAGUGUACGGGAAUCCAGCAUAGAAAAGAAGAGCAGUCAUGAAGAACGUUCAUCUGUCGAUAUUAACAACAAAUAUAGUAGAAUAGUUCCCGCCCCUACAGAAUCUGUAGUAGCCUUCUAUGCCUACAUGUCAGGAAACGAAAAUAAUCCGAGCGCCCAUCAUACACUUAUAUAUGAUCAUGAAGUGACCAAUAUUGGAAACGGGUACAGCAAACAUUCCGGAAUCUUUACUGCUCCUGUGGAUGGAGUUUAUGUGUUUACAUGGAACACAUUCACAGUAACUAAUAAUGGCGGCCAAGAGUAUAUGUCAAUUGAAAUCACUCUCAACAGCCAACCAGUUGGGGCGACGUUCGUACAAGGUGGAGGUGACUACGCAGGAGUAACGGGAAUAAUUGUACUCUCUGUCCAAAAGAAUGACGUCAUUUAUACGAGAACUCAUUCAACGUACGUCCCCCACGGAUCUAUCCGAAGCGACAACGUAAUGAGAUCUACUUUCUCUGGAUGGUGUCUGUCUUGUCAUUAAAAGAAUA